CUCCCACUGCAUUUUGUAAAAUGAUUUCAGUCAGCGAACGUGACUAUAUAACCAAAGGCGUCGAUGUUUCUAUUCGAGCGGAUGGCCGUUCUCGGCUGGAUUUUCGCGAGCUUGUCCUAGAGACAGGCAUGAUAACACAAGCAUCUGGAUCUUGCCGAGUUACACUUGAUGGCGGGACGGAUAUAUUGGUUGGCGUAAAAGUUGAAGUUGGCAGUAUUGAACCCGAGGUCGAGGCAGAGGAGGCGGAUAUUUUGGAAGACAUGGAACAAAUGGACCAAGAUGAUGGGAUUACGAUGGUGAAGGACAAGGACAGAGGAAGAAUAAUUUGUAAUGUUGAAUGCUCACCGUCGGCAACGCGCAUUUUCGAACCGCGCGACAUUGAAGAUAUGUGCAAUGAGUACAGUCAAUUCAUGAAUCGAGUGUUGAAUGGGUCCCAUGGGGGUGUGGAUUUGAAGGCGCUAUGUAUUAUUCCGGGGUCAACAUGUUGGAUAUUGAAUAUUGACGUCUUGGUUUUGGAUUAUGGAGGAAACCUGUUGGAUGCUAUAUUCAUGGCUACCAGAGGAGCGCUGCACAAUACCCGAAUUCCUCGUGCCACGGUAGAGCAGUCGGACGGACGAGUGGAGUUUGACAUUGCAGAUGAGGAAACAGAGAUAAUCAGAGGCUGGGAAGAUGUACCCCUUUGUGUAUCGCUAAAUAAGAUUGGCUACCGUCACAUUGUCGAUGCAGCACCCUUGGAAGAGUUAUGUUCGUCUGCAAGAUUAACCGUGGCUGUAAAUCGACGUGGUAAUCUGUGCGCGCUCCAAAAGGGAGGACAUGGUGGUAUCGAGCCAAGUCUAUUGGCUGAAAUGGUUCAGACUGCCAAGCAAAUCGGUCAGACCUUACUAAAGAGACAAGAUGCAGCUUUGAGAGAAGAGGAAGAACGAAUAGCAGCAGGGAAAGAUCCAAUUGGGUUUGGAGCUGCGUCUCGUCAUUGACCAUGUAUAUAUGAAGCCAUUAUCGCAAAUUGAUAAAUCCUAAUUCUUACCACUGCGUCCCUUGCUCAACGUAAUUGGUACUUUAUCU